AUUUCCGACAGCACAUAAACACAUCAGCAGUCACUGUUUACCAUAGCCUCCUAGCUGCAGAUAGGCUUAGCUCACAGAUUAAUCAUAGUUUCGGUUAUGAAGGCAAUUUUUGUCUAGUGGAGAAUGGACGACUGUCCUUGGCCAAAGUAGAAACGCUUUAAAAUAUGUUAUUUUAUUUUACACAGAAGCAAAAACUAGCAAGGAAACGUUAACCUGCAAGCUAACAGCUAAUAACAGUGAGCAUGUUCACCACCUACAUGUUCUGAAGCUGCUUCUGUGAAACAACUUUCCCUUUAUGAAGCGAAACUCUAUUAUAUAAGUGAUUUUAAACCGGCUAGUGUGUUUGUUAGUUUGCUUCUUUGUAUCUGAAGAUGGACAAGUUCGUGGUGAGGCUUCCAAAAGGAGAAUCACCUAAAAAACCAAAGAGCAGUGGAAAGGUUUUCAAACAAACUACAAUUGAAUCUUUGCGGAGAGUGGUUGUGAUUGAGGAUAUCAUGCGCUACAAGUCCAUGCUGGAGCUGCCAGAGCAGAGCAAAGACAACCUGCUGUCUGCCCUGACAGAGCUGAGCAAGAAGAUCCCGUCCAGAGAGGUGCUCAAGUCCACCAAAAUAGGUCACACUGUCAACAAAAUGCGAAAGCACCUGGACCCUGAGGUGAGCUCAAUGGCAGCAAAAGUUUACACAGAGUGGAGGACGUUCAUCGAGGAGAAUUCCAAUAAGCCGUCUAUUGAAGUGCGCUCGGACAAACAAUCUGAAGGACUCCGGAGCAACGCAAGAAGACUAAUGUCUGAGGCCCUGGAGGUCAAGGAGGAUUCUGGUCUCAUAGAUAUCAUUGAAAGAGAAAUAUUCCACCAGAGCUCCCGGUUGGUGAGCAGCUCAUACAGACGAACAGUUCGAGCACUGGUGUUUGCCUUCAAACACAAUCCAGAGACAAGAACUCAAGUGAAGGACAGCACAAUGUCUGUCAACCAGCUGGUGUCCAAGUAUAAGAAGUAACUGAAGGAGCAGGCUGUGCCUCCGACUACAUAUUGAAGACUUUUUUUUGUACACAUACAAGUUUAUUUUAAACUUCAAUUUUCUUGUUUUUCUGUAAAGGAAAUAUAAAACAUGUUUACAUGCAACUUGUGGCACAUCAGCAGACUUACACUGGUUUUAAACACAUAUGUAAAUCAUUGUUUAUAAUACUCUAUAUAUUGUUGGUGGUACCAUAAUGCCAUUUUUUAUACUUGAAUCAUGACUUUUUCCAGUUGAAAGAGUCUUUUAUGCUGUUGAACCUUUUUAUACCAAAUAUGAUGAUAAACAUGAACCAAUCAUCA